GAAGCUUUCAUCGUCGCACGAGCCACGAAGGGGGGAAGCAAAUUCUCUCUCGGCCGUAACAAUCCAGCGAGCAUCGGCGGCGGAGGGAUGCGAUUCUCUGAUAUUUAUCGAAUUAUCGGAAAAUUAUAAAGGCUGUUACAGUGUGUUAGGGCUCUAUCAUGGCGGAAUUUUCUUCAAAAGAGGCGCUCGUUCGGCUGAUCAAGCGGUUUGGGAGUAAUAUAAGCGUCAAGCUAUCCAGUUUAUUCUCGAUAUUGUUUCAAAGCCGAAAUCUGCGGUCUCUUAGUGCUAUUGCGGGCUUUGCUCUGGCUGUAAUCUUCUCAUGGAAAAUGUUAAAACCACCUAGUGAACAUCACAGAAGGCAACGGAAAAGGCAAACUUCUGCAGCAGGCAACUCUGACAUUGGCACCGAUUCAAAUUCCCAAUUGACUACUUCUGCAACUUGUUCUCCAUCAGAGGAUUCAGGUGCACAAACUGUUGACAAUGAAUUUUACCGGCCAUUGAAGCCAACUUUGGAGCAAAUUGUUAGACAGAAGCUAGGUGGCGGAAGAAAGGUAACUUGCCGUCUACUUGGAAUCAUUUUGGAGGAAAACAGUUCAGAAGAGCUGCAAGAUGUGAAUCAAGCAACUGUGAGGUCCUCUGUCGUGGAUGUGCUUUUAGAGAUCACAAAACAUUGUGAUCUCUAUUUGAUGGAAAGAGUUCUGGAUGAGGAAAGCGAGAGAAAGGUUAUUGUGGCUCUGGAAGAUGCUGGUGUCUUCACAUCAGGUGACAUGAUCAAGGAUAAGGUUCUCUUCUGUAGCACAGAAAGUGGGCGGAGGUCUUUCGUUCGACAACUAGAACCUGAUUGGCAUAUUGACUCGGAUCCUGAAAUCGUUUCUCAACUUGCGAGAUACAUCAAGUGUCAGCUUCACAUAACUGAAGUUAAGCCUGACCGGACAGCCUCCAAUGUUUUUACCUCGGCAUCACUGGAGCAGUUCUUUCAAUACACAUGACACAGAGAGCAGCAGAAAUAUUUGUAGAAAUUUCUUUCUUCAAUUGUGUUCUUCUUCUUCGAUUUUAUGCGCAUUACUUCCUGCAAAUGAUCUCCAUUUCAGGCAAUGCUCGGUUUUUGUUUCAUCCUGUAAGUGCAUCUCUUUAAUAAGUGACUGUGUUACUCCCAACCCAAUAAGUGCAUAGGCAUAUGGAUAGCAGCAAUUAGAUGAAGAUGCUCUCCCCAUCUUUAGGAAAUCUUAGGCUCUGUUUUUCGAACCCGCCCAAUUACUGUGUUAUCCCCCAAGGUUAUGCCUAGUCCAUCACACCAAGUUGUACUAACCUUUAGCUCUUUAGUUUUGAGAAACCUUAUUCUACUGCCCCUUCCCCCCUUUUUAGCUCUUUAGUUUUGACUUCAUUUAUACACCAAUUUAUUUUUCUA